AUGGCGAACGCAGGCGACCCUCAAACUGCGAAGACCUACCCGCGCGUGCGCUUCCUCCCCAAUGGGUUGCUGGAUGUGGAUCGCAAGAAGGGCAAGUACUUCAAGAUGGUGCAGCAGAACCAGCUAUCGUCACCCUUGCUACAGCUUCCAGGCGAAAUUAGAUCCACCAUCUACGAAUAUGUUCUUGGAGACGAGACGUUCACGAUCAAUCCCGCCGCCCGUUUGCUUGGCAAUAGCGAGCGGAAGAAGAGAGAAUAUCUCGCUCUGCUUCAGGUUUCGCGCCAGACGUACGUGGAGACGGUCUUGAUGCCGUUCAAGCUGAACGUGUUCCAUUCAGACUGCCCCCAAACUAUUCGCAACUGGAUGGACGAGGCCAACAUCCCCAUCGCUGCGCAGCAGACCAUCACUCGGCUUCAAUUCACCCUCCAAAUGCAUUGGCACGCUUACAUCAAACGAUCUGUCGGACCAUUUAAGUUUGAAAAAGUGGUGCCUGGGUGGUCGGCGCACUCUGGAGCCUUCGAUCAAUUUCCGGCGCUCCGUCAGAUCUACAUUUGCACUGCCCUCACUCAGUGCUACUGCGACAAACCAAAGGCACAGCAAGAUGCUCUGAUCAAGUAUGUCGAAAAGUCGGAAGAGCACCUCAAGACCUUGAUCAAGAGGAGUCAUAAGGCCACCACGAGCAACGAUUUGGAUAUCAUCUUCGAACGCGACCUCAACUUUGCUCUCGCUCCGGCUCCAUUGGAUAUUUUGGAUGUUGAAGGUGACAACUGGUCCGGGGAGAUGUGAAAUAUGGAAUGGCAUUGCCAACCAGACACAAGUCCGUAGACUCGGCCUUGCCAUCGAUCAAGCACCAUCUUCAUCCGCUCUGACCUGAGCGACGGCCGAGACCACGGGCCG